AUGGCUACUAAUGGUGGAGAUCAAGGUAAAUGGUAUACAGCUACUUGUGAUACAGCACAAUAUACAUUACCAGUACGAUACCAGGAACUACUUCAUAUAGGACAAGGAGCUUUUGGUGCUGUAAUUCGCGCUAAAGAUACAGAAACAGGUAAAUAUGUAGCGAUUAAAAAAAUUCUUGAUCCAUUUCGAACUACAAUACAUGCAAAACGAGCUUAUCGAGAACUUAAACUACUUAUGUAUCUCAAUCAUCCAGAUGCAGACGUUGUACGAUUGUACAAUGUGUUUACACCAGAGAAAAAUCUCAAUGAUUUUCAAACAUUAUAUUUUGUAUUUAAUUAUGUUGAUUAUGAUCUCAGUCGAGUUAUCAAACGUCGUAUACCAUUUGAAGAAAAACAUAUAAAACAAAUUAUAUAUUCGCUUCUUCGUGGUUUAAAGUAUAUACAUUCAGCUGGUAUUCUUCAUCGUGAUUUAAAGCCAGGAAAUAUCGGAAUUGAUAAAAAGUCAAAUGUUACAAUUCUUGACUUUGGCUUAGCUCGUAGUGCAUCGAAUGGUGGCUAUACUACUUAUGUUGAAACCCGAUGGUGGCGCGCACCUGAAGUAAUAAUUUGUCGAAAACAAUAUGAUGAAAAACUUGAUAUAUGGUCAGUCGGUUGUAUAAUGGCAGAACUCAUCCUGCUUCGACCAGUUUUUCGUGGAACAAAUCGGCUUAAUCAGUUAGACAGAAUAUUUGAUAUUAUCGGUACACCAGAUUUAGCAAUAUUAAAUGAUAUAUGCACACCAGAUGCAAGUAAUUAUCUUAGCCAAUUGCAACCAAAAUCAAGACAAGACUUCAAUGAAUUGUUUGGGUACAAAUAUGAUCCAAUAACACAAACACCAAUCUUUGGUGUAUCACCAGAGGGUCUUGAUCUCCUUGAUUGUCUGUUAACUUUCGAUCAUCGUACACGUCCUACUGCUGAAGAAGCCUUAGCUCAUCCAUUCUUGAAGCCUUAUCACGAUUCAAUUGAAGAACCAACUACAGAACCUAUCGUUGAUGAACAUCAAAAUGGAGCAUAUACUAUAGUCAAAUGGAAAUCAAUAAUAUGGCAAAUGGUAGAAGAGUUUGUACCACCAACUUGGAUUAAUGAUCAAGAUGAUGAUGAUGAUGAUGAUUGA